AUGCGUUACAGCACUACUACUUUAAUUUUCCUCAUGGGUGGAGAAGAUCACAGCCGGGGAUUGAAAUUUAGCCCAAUUAUGAUUGGUCUUCUUGGGGUCAUCGCCGGAUCAAUUGUGGUUAUAAUCUACCAUUUAAUCGCCGUCGGCUGGUGCAACCAAAGGCGUGCAACAAUUCUCCCAAAUAGACGCCAAGGCCCUGAUCAUCAGACCAACCAAGAAGCUGGGUCCAGUAGCAUAAGCAAUUCAAUGGCGCAAUUAAUUCCAGUUAUUCGAUACUCCAAAGAGUCUGGGGGAGAUACAUGUGCCGUGUGCUUGUCUGAGUUCAAUGAAGCCCAGGAAGUGCGCGUAUUGCCCGAGUGCUUGCACUUGUUUCAUGUCGCUUGUGUUGACAAGUGGCUCAACUCCCACUCUAGUUGCCCGCUUUGUCGUGCUGACACUAUCCCUCCACUGAAUCCAGGUGGAAACCCCAGCCUGGCGCCGGAGCUCCCCGUACAGGUUGCCGGAUUCUGA